AUGAGCUUCGGCUUCAGCGUUGGCGACUUUCUCACUGUCUUCGAACAAGCCAACAAGCUUCGAAAACGAUUUGUUAAUGCGCCGGCUCAAUUUGACGCGCUCUCCGAACAAGUUCGAAACCUCUCUAUUGUGGUUCAUGAUGAAGAUCUCGCCCUGACCAACGUGGUACUCGACACCCAGCUGAAGAACGACAUAAGAAAAAUAGCGACCAGUUGUGGAAAUGUCCUCGCUGAAGUUGAAAGAGCACUUGAGCGAUAUAGCGACAUAGAUACCGGCCAUGGUGUCAAGAAGGCUUGGAAGCGGUUGAGAUGGGAUCAGGAUGAAGUACGGGAUCUUCAGGAUCGUGUUUGCUAUAACAUCAACCUCCUUAAGGGUAUAAAUGGCCGCGUCACUCGCGACAAUGUCGUGGAAUUGCUGGAACACCAGAAAGACGAACAGCAUCAAGCUUGUCUUGACUGGUUGUCUUCUACGGGUUAUGCGGAAGUGCAGAGUGAGUAUGCUAGUCAACGUCAACCUGGGACUGGAGAGUGGCUUCUUGAAUCAUCCAUAUUUCAAGACUGGAAAUCAAAGCCUUGGGCGACGUUGUUCUGCCCUGGUAUCCCUGGAGCUGGAAAGUCGAUUCUGGCGUCCGUGAUUAUCGAAGAGCUAAACACUCGGUACGAAAAUGACCAGACUGUUGGCAUUGCAUAUUUCUUCUGCAGCUUCCAGACCCAUGACGAUCAGAGCCAGAAGUUGGAGAGUAUACUCGCGUGUCUGCUGCGCCAGCUAGCACAGGGUCUGCCACAAGUACCCGAAAGCCUUAAAGCUUUGUUUCAGAAGCACAAGGGUCGAGGGUCCCGACCAUCACUCGAUGAAUACUUUCUGACUUUCAGAGCUACUUUAAACCAGUGCUCUCGGGCUUUUAUUGUCAUCGACGCGUUGGAUGAAUGCCACUCUUCCACAGUAACGCGGCUUUUGGAUUUCAUCUUAGAGCUUCAGGCGUCAAACAGUCUCAACUUUUUGGCAACGUCAAGAUUGAUUCCUGAAAUAACGGCCAGGUUCAAGAGCAAGCCAACGUGUGAAAUUCGUGCAGCUAUGUCGGAUGUGAUGGAGUACCUCUGGGGUAAUUUGAGUAUAUUGCCUUCUUUCGUUUCGCGGGAUCCAAAGCUACAAGAAGAUAUUGUACAUAAAACCACCGAUGCCGCCGAUGGAAUGUUCCUUCUCGCGCGACUCAUGCUGGAAUCCUUACAACACAAGUCCUCGCCCAGAAAGAUGAAACAAGAGCUUGACGCCUUGACAAGCGUUGCCAGUCAUUACGAUAUUGCAUACGAUACCGCAUACGACAAAGCUAUGGAACGAAUUCAAGGUCAAGUCCGAGACCAGCGAAAGCUAGCCGAAGAGGUCCUAUCGUGGAUAACUUGUGCAAAACGACCUCUCACAGCCCUAGAGCUGCGAAAUGCAUUAGCCGUGGAACUAGGCGAGUCGGAAUUUUACGAUGACAAUAUGCCCGAUCUGGAAGACAUCAUCUCUGCAUGUGCAGGCUUGGUCACAACCGUAUCACGUUCUUCGGGCGACGUGAUUAGACUGGUCCACGCCACGGCAAAGGAGUAUUUCGAGAGAAAGUGGACAAUCUGGUUUCCAGAUGCACACAGCAGAAUUGCCACAACAUGCGUCACUUAUCUGUCCUUUGAUGUCUUUGAAGAAGGCAUUUGCUCAACCCAAACCAAUUUCGAAGCACGGCUCCACAGAUACCCUCUAUACUCCUAUGCGAGUUUGAAUUGGGGACACCACGCUCGCAAUCAACCGAUCGAUGAGAUUCUGAUGCUUGAAUUCCUGAGCAACACACUUAAAGUCGAUGCCUGCGUCCAAGGGCUCUUUUACAUCGGCGGCUACUUCACUCACAGUGGAUACAACCGCAACGAACCUCCUGGAUUCACGGGCUUACAUCUAGCUGCAUAUUUUGGGCUACUGAGUGUGGUUACCUGUCUGCUUAAGGAUUUCGAUCCUGCGAAUACCGAUCUUACUUCUACUAAGGACUCUAUGGGUCGAGUUCCCCUAGCCUGGGCAGCAUACAACGGUCAUACCAAAGUGGUUGAUUUCUUCAUGGAGCACGGAUCCAACGCAAACUCCAAGGAUAAGACCGGCCGGACACCAAUAUCAUUGGCAGCGUCGAUGGGUCAUCUAGAUACUCUGAAUUGCUUCCUCGAGCACAAAAUCGACCCAAAUACGAGAGACACCGACAAUCGAACUCCUCUCUCGUGGGCGGCAUAUCGGGGGCACCUCAAAAUCGUCAAAGCGCUUCUCCCGAAGGGUGCAGACCCUGAGGCCAGAGAUGAAUAUGGCAGAACACCACUUUUAUGGGCAAGCUAUGAAGGCUGGGUUGAGGUGGUUGAGCUUCUUCGAGAAAGAGAUGUGGAUAUCGAGACCAGGGAUAGGCUUGGUCGAACUGCACUGUCUUGGGCCUCAGAAAACGGACACGUGGUCGUGGUAAAGCUUUUAUUGGAAAAAGGUGCCCGUCUUGACUCCAUGGACGCAGAAGGUCGUACGCCCCUAGCCUGGGCUAUCCGGAAUCAGCAAGAAGCAAUCCGUUUACUUCUAAUAGCAGCAGAGCGCUCUAGAGAUGGCCCUCCUCGGUCUCGAUAUCACGACACAAAGCUUGAGUCUACGUCAAAACAUGUCGUUCCCAUAUUCCCUAACAAUCCCAAGUCCGUCGCGACAGGGAAAGAGCAAACCCCGACUUCAAAGCCUCCCGAGAACAACCAGAGCAAUUCUGACAAUGGAAGAUGCUUCCAGUGUCCAUUGUGUAAUCGCGCUUCGUUGACCUCGAACAGGCAUGUUCUUCAAAGACAUGUAAGGGAUCUGCACUUUCCUCGAUUCAGAUUGGUCUGUUCCGAGUCCGAUUGUGGCAGGACGUUCCAAAGAAAGGACAAAUUCAUGAUUCAUAUGAAGGAUCAACAUCAAAGAGAUAUCCAUGGAGAGGAAAUGGAUGCAUUCCAAAAAGAGGAGCCACUUCCUGAGGGUUGCAUCAUCUGCCAGAGGCUGGUCACUUCGUGGGAGGAAUUCUAUACGUGCAUUGAGACGCAUGUUCAGGCGCCUUCUUUAGCUCAAGAUGCCCCUUGA